AUGAAUUCCACAAAACUACUUCAGGAUUGUUGUGCAUUUAAAGAUGGACAGUUUAGUUUAACUUCACUAACAUCAGCAGGUCCAAUUUCAUUUACACUUGGUGGAAUUGUUGAACGAUCUUAUUCACCACUUAUCAUUUACAAACUGUCUAAAAACGAUGAAAAGAAAAUUUAUUAUUUUGCCAUGGAAAUUCCAGCAGCUUUUCAUGGUCUUCAGAAUCAAUACAAUAAUAUACGAGCUCAGUUUCAUUUUGGUAAAUAUGAUCCUAUUGAACAAGCUGAAAUAUUUCAGAAAGAAGUUCAGCGUUAUUACAAUAAAGAAGAGAAUGCAGAAUGGCAUAAUCAAAUUCUUCUUGUACCAUUAUCACAGCCCAGUGUGAGCAUGAAUGAUACAUCUAAAACAAAUCUAGUGCUUGAAACGUUAUGGAAUACGAUUAGUGAAUCAGAAACACAAGAAGAUGCACGACGUCUAACACAAGCGUUUGAAGCAUACCUCGGUACAUUGAUCGAAGCACUUGACGUGGAUUGA